GAAAAAGAAAAUCCAAACAGUGUCAUUUCGUUUUUCAACUGAGCAUUAUUCAAAACAAAGCAUUCACUUCUCUUCCAAGUAGUAGCAGUAGCUACUACUUGUUUGGUUCGUCACUUCUAUCACACUUUCUCCCAAAUUUCUAGGGUUUUCAUUUUCACAAUGUCUUCCCCUGCACAUUUCGACGACCAGGAAUUUGAUUUUGGAGGCGGAUUUAGCGGCACACGACCAGAUACUAUCGGUAAUAAGAGGUCAUCUCCUGAUUUUGAGGAUGGAGAUUUCGACAAUGAUCCUUUGGGAAAGAAGUCGAAAUCGAAAGCCGAAGAAGAAGCUGCUUCUGGCGUCACAACUGGAAUGAUUUUAUCUCUUCGCGAGAGCCUUCAGAAUUGUAAGGACACACUUGACUCGUGCAUGAAUGAACUCGAGGCUGCACAAUCCGAGAUUCAAAAAUGGCGUUCUUCAUUUCAAAAUGAACUAUUCAUACCUGCUGGGACUACACCGGUACCCAAAUUGGUGAUUAAUUAUCUCCAAGCACUGAAAGCAUCAGAAGAGUCCUUAGGCGAUCAGCUUGAAAAGGCAAAGAAAAAGGAGGCUGCAUUCAUUGUGACAUAUGCUAAACGUGAGCAAGAGAUAGCAGAGCUGAAGUCUGCUGUACGGGACCUCAAAGCUCAACUCAAACCAGCAUCAAUGCAGGCAAGGAGGUUCUUACUAGACCCGGCAGUUCAUGAAGAGUUCACGCGGUUAAAGAAUUUAGUUGCGGAAAAGGACAAAAGAGUAAAAGAGUUGCAAGAUAACAUUGCUGCUGUAAACUUUACUUCCCAAAGCAAGAUGGGAAGGUUGCUAAUGGCUAAAUGUAGAACUCUGCAGGAGGAAAAUGAAGAGAUUGGGCAUCAAGCUUCCGAGGGCAAGAUGCAUGAAUUAGCAAUGAAACUUUCGUUGCAGAAAGACCAAAAUUCCGAGCUCAGAAAUCAAUUUGAAGGGUUGCAGAAGCAUAUGGAUGGAUUGACCAAUGACGUGGAAAGAUCCAAUGAAAUGGUUUUCAUGUUGAAAAAUAAAUUAGAUGAGAAGGAUCAGGAGAUCCAAAGACUGAAAGAUGAGUUGCAACAAAAAGGCUCAGCAAAGAAUGGGAGAACAGAAGAUGUAUCUAAUGCCAGAGAUUGAGGAGAUGAUAUUACUACAGAAGAUGUUAACUGAUAUCACUUGACUACCAAAAUUGUUGGAAACAUUGUUUCGGGGUUUUUCCCGGUCGUUCAUAGCUGUAUAUUGUAUUCAAACUGUCUGUUAGGAUUUUUCCUUGCAAUGUAACUGUGAACGAGGUAUGCAUUUUCAUUGAUCGGUGGGCCAUGUUGGAAUUAUAAGUUUACAAUCCUUGUAUUAAGCAUCCAUAUAUACCACCUCCACUUUCUGAAUCAUGAGCACGCUGUUCAGCUGAUCAGCCUCAUUUGAUCGGGAUAUUUUUUGCUGGAAUUGAUUAAAUGAUGUGCGAGGGAGAGAAAGCUGGAAUGUGUUAGAUUAAGACGUCAUUUGAUUUAUUUUCAUUCAAAUAUAAUCUGAGUUAUUAAAUAAUAUCCCUUUCAACUCAAGCUCAAGCUCUGCCUUUUGCUACUGUCAGAAAAAAGAAAGCUCUGCCUUCUGCUGUAUUUUAUCGGUAAAGUACAUAGUCAAAACAAACAUGUGAAACACUUGUUUGCUGUUACCGUUAUUUUUUACUUGAUUUAAAGACCUAUUCAAACCUUCCCGAACUCUUCACCUUUUUGUCACCUUUCCGGACUGGUCC